AUUUCUUUGUCCGUUCUCCUCCAGGGUUCCCAGAUAAUCUCGAAUUGUAAAAGCAGGAGAAGAAGAAAGGAGAUACAGAGAGAAUUGGAGAUGCUGAGGGUCGCGGGAAGAAGGCUGGCUUCUCUCUCAUGGAGGCCGAGCACCUCCGCCUCUGUCCUCUCCAGGAACCCCGUCCAUGGUGCCGGGCAUUCGUCGACCGAUGACUCUAGAUCGAUCUCUCCCGCUCGAUUCGCCCUCGAAUCGGGCCUCCCCGGCACGACCAGAGGAUUUUCUUCUGAAUCUCUUGUCCCUAGACAUCAGGACAUGGGGUUGGCUGACCUUCCUGCAACAGUGGCAGCUAUGAAGAACCCAACCUCAAAGAUAGUCUAUGAUGAACACAACCAUGAGCGAUUUCCUCCGGGCGAUCCCAGCAAGCGAGCAUUUGCUUACUUUGUUUUGAGUGGGGGGCGAUUUGUGUAUGCUUCUUUGAUUCGUCUCCUAGUCCUUAAGUUUGUGUUAAGCAUGUCCGCUAGUAAGGAUGUCCUUGCUCUAGCUUCACUGGAGGUCGAUCUCUCCAGCAUUGAGCCUGGGAGCACAGUUACGGUGAAGUGGCGUGGGAAGCCAGUGUUUAUAAGGCGCCGGACUGAGGAUGAUAUCAAGUUGGCCAACAGUGUGGAUGUGGCAUCCCUUCGCGAUCCUCAGGAAGAUGCAGCUAGAGUGAAGAACCCAGAGUGGCUCGUGGUGGUUGGGGUCUGCACCCAUCUGGGUUGCAUUCCCCUGCCCAAUGCUGGAGAUUUUGGUGGCUGGUUUUGCCCGUGUCAUGGGUCACAUUAUGAUAUCUCCGGUAGGAUUCGCAAAGGCCCGGCUCCAUACAACCUGGAGGUGCCUCAGUAUACCUUCAUGGAUGAGAACAAGUUGAUGGUAGGCUAAAUUCUGUGUUUUGAAUGUUGUGGUAUGAUUCUCUAUAUAAUAUUUGUCUUUUACUUGCCUCUGCUGGAUAUUACAAGUUUCUGGCACUGGUUCAUGAAUAAUUGCGAUCACCUUGGCGAGCACAUUAUUAAGGUGGAACAUGUAUAUUGCACCGUGUAAACUUAUUGGAAAUAUCCUCUAUUAGCUUCUUGCCCUGUUCACCAGGGUAAAUUCUGGUCAAUGGUAGUCUCCUCAUGCCUGAGAAGAUGUUGUAGAUUUACAAACCUCAUGGUUUUUGUUA